UGCUUAUCUCAUAACCUAGGUAACCUCACAGAGUGAUUGAAAUACUUUUUAUUAGUAUCUCUAACUGUAAUUCUCUGCGAUCUUAUUGCAAAUAUUAUUUUAUAUAAAGUAUUCAGACGCCUUAUCUUGUGUUGUAGCGUCUCGUAAAGCUUCGUAUUUCUUCUUUUAUAUAAAUAUUAACUAUGACUCAUUUUGCUGGCGCAAUUAAUAACAAACCCUUCGUUAAGUACAAUAGACAACAAGAAUAUAAACAUCCCAGUUUUCAGUGGAAUCCACCACCUCAAAAUAAACAAAUGCAUCAAAACAGAAAUACGCAGUAUAAUGGAUAUCAGCAUGGUUUCAAUAACUCUGAACAACAUUGGUGUGAAACUUGUGACAGAGGAUUCAAAACAUUGCAGCAACUUGAAGGACAUAAACAACAACAUCAGAAAUGUAAUAUUGAUGGUUGUCAAUUUGUUGCUCAUCCAAAAGUUAUUACAAAACACAUUCAAAUGCAACAUUCUUCAGGUUUAUAUAAAAGAAUAGCUAAAUUGGAUAACCCUGAAGAAAUAAAAAAAUGGAUACAAGAAAGAAAGAAAAAGUAUCCAACUAAAGAGAAUAUAGAGAGAAAAUCAGCAGAAACAAAGGAGAAAAUUGAGAGGGGUGAAAAAAUGGGGCUCUGUCAAGGCAGGUUUCAGAAAAAUGAUUCGAAAGGUUUUUCAAUGAAACGAAAGAACAAUUACAAUGAUGGAUGUAAUAAUCACAAAUUAAAAAGACAUGUCAAACAAAAUAAUUUCGAUAAAUCUAAUCAUUUAAAAGAUAAAUCUAAAAUUGAGGCACUACCAAAAAACAUUAAUACUAUUGCAUUUUCAAAUCAAACUAGGAAACUAAGACCAUUUGCUGGAAUUCAAAAUAUGUAUAUAGACAGUGACUCUAAUGAAGAAAUAGAACAACUUGAUUCCACUUUUGAUAUAGAAUAUGAUGAUUGUGAAACAUUACAUUCAAUUGAAGAAGUAAAGACUGAAAAGAUGACAUCAUUUUGUGGUGCUUUAACUUCGUUAAUGUGUAAUUAUGGAUCAUCAGAUGAAGAAAAUACAGAAGCUAAAUCAAAAAGUAUUCAGGAAGAAGACAAUUUGACUAUAAAAGAUAAUAAAGAUACAAAGUAUAUACAAAAAAUUAACACACCCAAAGUAGAUGUGAAUGACAAAAGUGAUGAUGAUAGUGGUCCUGAAGAAGCCACUGUGGUCAAGGUUAAUGAAGAUUUAAUUAGUAAUAAAUCUGCAGCCAACAUAAAUGUAACUUCUAAACCAGCCCCAAGAAGAAAUAUUCCUGUUAAAGAAAACAAGCGCUCACAUAUAAGACCUAAACCCAAAGUACCAUCAACACUUCUUCAAAAGUUACUGCAAAAAGAAGUCCGACAUGAGAGGAAUGUUAUUUUACAAUGCGUAAGGCAUAUUGUCAAGAAUAAUUAUUUUGAAAAUUAGCUACCUACUAGUGUUACUUAAUAUAUUUUAAUAAUAAAUAAAGUUUUUUUUAUUA